CAUAGCAGUGACAAUUUCUUUCCAGCAGCGGCGGCAGAGGAACGACGGCAACAGGCUCGGGAUCAGCCGGCCUGCGCGUGGGUUUGCGGAGACGCUGAUCGGCCAGGCGCUACGCAGCCACUGCAGCCAAGGGGAGGACGAGAACCACGCACGCAGCCGGAGCGAGUGGACCUAGCAAAGCUCCAUCGGUCCACGGAGCCCGGAGGAAAGUACGGCCGAGGCGAGCGAGCCGGCACCUUCACGCUGGCUGCCUUAGCACCCAGCUGCAGUGCCUUCUAGCAAAAGCCAGAGCCGCUCCGGCUGCAGCGGCAGGACGGAUGCCAAGGCCACACGACAGGCGCAGGUGCAACCCCUGCAGUCGCCGUCCCACGCGGGGUCCAGACAUCGGGGGUUGCUGAUGAAGUGAUUGGGAAGAAACAGUGACCACCUUCACUCUGCACACAGAACACCAUGGAUCAGCCGUUCACGGUGAAUUCCCUGAACCUCACAUGCAAAUGAAACAUGGAUUGAUGAAGAUUUUAGGCCAUUGUCCAGAUCAUCUCUGAACUCAGUUUUAAAUUUGGGAAGGAUAGGACUAUUCAGGAAAGGAAAGAGAAAGUUAGCUGCCAUGCCUGACCACACAGAUGUUUCCCUCAGCCCAGAGGAGCGAGUGCGGGCCCUGAGCAAGCUUGGAUGCAAUAUCUCCAUCAAUGAGGAUAUCACUCCACGCCGCUACUUCAGAUCCGGAGUGGAAAUGGAGAGGAUGGCAUCUGUGUACCUGGAAGAAGGAAAUUUGGAAAAUGCCUAUGUUCUUUAUAAUAAGUUUAUAACCUUGUUUGUAGAAAAGCUUCCCAGCCAUCGAGAUUACCAGCAAUGUGCGGUACCCGAAAAGCAGGACAUUAUGAAGAAACUGAAGGAGAUUGCAUUUCCAAGGACAGAUGAAUUGAAAAAGGACCUUUUAAAGAAAUAUAACAUAGAAUACCAAGAACAUAUGCAAGGCAAAGCCUGCCCAGGUCUGGCAAAACGAAAAGCCGAAUUUCUCAAGAACUGGGAACAUCAGCGACUGAUAGAGGCAGAAAGGAAGCGGAUCGCUCAGAUGCGCCAGCAGCAGCUAGAAACGGAACAGUUUCUGUUUUUUGAAGAUCAACUGAAAAAGCAAGAAUUAGCCCGAGGUCAGAUGCGAAGCCAGGAGACCCCAGUGCCGUCGGAGAUCGAUGGGAGUGCUUUGUCCUGCUUCUCCACACACCAGAACAAUUCCGUGCCGAGUGUAUGUGCUGAUCAACCUAAUAAAAGUGACGUAACCAAUUGUACUAGCCACUCUCCUCCGGUCAACAGGGCCUUAAAGCCAGCUGCUACUCUAAGUGCCGUUCAGAAUUUAGUGGUUGAAGGACUGCGAUGUGUAGUUUUAUCAAGAGAUCUUUGCCACAAAUUCCUGCAGCUGGCAGAAUCUAAUACAGUGAGAGGAAUAGAAACCUGCGGGAUGCUCUGUGGAAAACUGACACAUAAUGAAUUUACUAUUACCCAUGUAAUUGUGCCAAAGCAGUCUGCAGGACCAGACUAUUGCGACAUGGAGAAUGUGGAAGAGUUAUUCCGUGUUCAGGAUCAGCAUGAUCUCCUCACGCUGGGGUGGAUCCAUACACAUCCUACCCAAACUGCUUUCUUAUCCAGUGUGGAUCUGCACACUCACUGUUCCUAUCAGCUCAUGUUGCCAGAGGCGAUUGCCAUUGUGUGUUCACCAAAGCAUAAAGACACUGGCAUCUUCAGGCUCACCAACGCCGGCAUGCUGGAGGUCUCCGCUUGUAAAAAGAAGGGGUUUCAUCCACACACCAAGGAACCGAAGCUAUUCAGUAUAUGCAAACAUGUGUUGGUAAAAGACAUAAAAAUAACUGUGCUGGAUCUGAGGUGAUGUGUUCUGAAGAUUAGCACCAUCAACACCAAGCACCUGCCCAUGGAUGUCAGUUGCUGGAUUUUCUUAAGAAUGUUUCCAGAAGUGACUGAUAUUUUAUAUUUAUACAUUUUAGAUGAGAAAGUUUGAUAUUUAUUGCUUUUGCACAUUUUGAAGUUUUCUUUUUGGGUUGCUCUGUCCCAAAAGUGGUCACAAUGAUGUUAAAUCAAUACCUAUUCAUGUACCCCAAAACUGUGGCCAGAUAAUAAAUUGUGCUGCAACUAAUAAUAUGACCAGUAUUUAUUAAGGUCUCUGCAUACAUUUUCGGAGCUUUAGAUGUUUUGCUCUAUUUUUUCCUCAUUCCUAUAAAAUGUGAUUCCAAACAAGAACUUCUGAGUACCCGGCGGUCUCCAAGACAGGCCGUCUGUUCUGCAGCCUUUCCCUGUGGCGAGGAUGAGCCGUUCCCACCUGCGGGAGGAACCCUGGCUGCAUGGCUGCACGCAGCAGAGCCCAGCCUGUGUUUCCAGUGGCAUCAAGUCCCGGGCCCGGGUGUGUCUGCAGCGGAUCUCAGCGUGAGGCACCAGGACAGGGAGCUUCUACUCAGGGGUCUGAUGUCAAAAGACUUGGGAUCACAGACAGUUCAUCACCUUGAUUUGGAGGACCAGAGCUGCUUAAGAGAGGAAGAAAGACUCAUGAAAAUGGAAUGCCUCUUACUGUGAAGGUCAAACAGGAGUGAUGGGGAGAAGAAAUGAGGCCUAGGAAGUUACUGGUAAUUCUCAGCCAGUAUCAUCUUUCCAGAAUAUCAUUUGGAAAGAACACAUAAUUUAAAGUCUCUCUGUAUAAUCAGUGCACAGGGACUAGGAAGAAACAUAUGUUCCCAUUGAAAAAGGUAGCACAAAUACAAUGUUGUGGUACUGCUAAGGCUUGGAGUGAGAUUUGUGCCUAGAUAAUAAAAGCACUUACCUGGAUCAAAAGAUAUGGAUUAAAUAGAAGGAAUGGGAGACUUAUGCACAAUUUUGGCAAGUAGAAUGGGUAGGAAAAACCCAAGGGUGGAAACAUUGUGGAGAAAAUUUAGCUGCAGAUAUAAGGAGAGAAAAAUGAAGGAAAUGUUGAUGAAGGAGCAAAGUCCGGCUAUUGAGGCGGAGGCCUUCUGAGCAUCUACGCAGACUGACAGUGAGGCACCCGAGACAGCGCUGGGGCUCAGACUGCCCACCAUCAACAGAACGUCAUGUUCCACGAAGGGGGGUCAUGGUAAACCCUGGCCUUGCCUAACUGAUUGUUUAAUUUCUCUGAAGAGUGUUUAAAUGUUAGCUGAUAAGGAAAGACAAAUGGAUGUUGAAUUGACUGAAACAUCAGAGAAAAGUACUCACUCGCCUGAGAGGUGUCUGUAAUGGAAUUGUUUGGGGAUUAUGACAUUUGCAGUGACCCUAUAAGGGGUACUUUACUAGGGACUAAUGACUGAAACACGUGGGAAAGUCCCUGAGAAAUCACAUGUAUGCUCUGGCCCCUCGACAUUCCCGGCGAGGUGAGCACAGGAAGGCGGUAGAGAAACGAGCCUGGCAACCCGGCAGACUCACUGCUCUGCCCGGGUUUCAGAGGAGGCUGUGUCUGAGCUGGGAUGCAGACUCUGAGCCCAAGAACAAUUCUGAAAGAGAGACAAAAAUUGGCAACUGAAAAAACAACACAGGAUUGACAGAAAUGGUCAAAUGACAAAACAAAGAAUUUAGUAAGGAGUGUAAUGUCCUUUAUUCAAGAAAAACCAGUCUAUGGAUCCGGGGAGUACAGGACCUCGCAGUGGUGGAGUUCUUGUUCCUAGGAUGCUUGGGCAAGAGUGAGUUUAUGAUGUUAGAAGAGGCAACACGGAACUGCCACAGUUGACUAGGAGGCUGGGAGUUUCCUUGGAAGGCUCGCCCGUGCUACUUUCCAGGGUAAGGUGAGCAGGCUCCAGCUGAGAUGGAGGACUGUGAUUGGUGGAUGGUAGGAGCCCUUGACAGGUGCUUCCUGUAAGUGCAAGCUGAUACAGGUUUAGGUGUGUGAUGUGGGGGUGGGCCACUGGGUGGCCUCUGUUUUGCGGGUCCUGACAGUGAAUUAACUUGAUCAGAAUUAACAGCUUCUCUGGGAACAGCUGAUGCCACACAUUUAUAUUUCAUUAAUAGGUAGGCGUGUGACUAAGUAGACCAGGAAAAUGGUGCAGACCUGCAGAAGAAACAGGACAGCAGAGUCUCGUGUCCUGCAGUCUGAGCACCUGGGUUCAAGCUCCAGCUCUGCCCAGCACAGACGGUACCUUAGGACAUCGUGAAAACCAGAGUACAGGAUGCUGGUAGGCAGGGCAGUUUCUGGGACGUGGGCCAACCACGCAGCCCACCUUGCCUGGCUUUAAGGAUCAGACUUACUGGGUAUUCGCUCUGUUUCCUGUUGCCGUUUUGCUCCAGCUGUUAUACAAGCUAACACCCUUGUGAUAUUGUGACUUAUGAGAAAAAUGUACUUGGUCAAAAAGAUAACAAAAAUAUAUUUUUCAUAUAGAAUUUGUCUUCUUCCAUUGUUCUUGGCUCACAGCUUCUCAAACCCUUGGAAUUUCCUGAGCUCUGUGGGCAAUGGGAACAUCUUUGGUCAGAAUAUUUGGUCUGCUGUCCUCAGUUCUGGAAAGUAUUUCUGAGUCCUAAAAGUGAACCAGAGUACUGUUAUUCAAGACAAGCUCCUUCCCACCACAACCAAGUUUAUGUUAAUAAGGUGACUUGGAAAUCAUGUAAGGAAUGGGUCGGUUGCCGGAGGAACCAACCCUGUGAUUAGAGGAUGGGAAUGAAAAGUUACCAGGAGGGGAGAGGGGCUGGAGUUGAAUAGAUUGCCAAUGGCCAGUGAUUUAACUCAUCAUACCUAUGUACUGAAACCUCCGUAAAACCCCCAACAGAGAGGGUUCAGAGAGCUCCUGGGUUGGUGAACCAGAUGUUUCCACUUGCCACCGGGUCCCAAAUUCCACAGAGCUAGGGAACUUGCACUGUGUAUCUCUUUAUCUGUCUGUGGAUUUGUAUCCUUUAAUAUCUUUUGCAAUAAAUUGGUAAUAUAGUGAAUAAACUGUUUUCCUGA